GUUUGGGGUAUCAUGGAGGAUCAGUGGACCAACAGGACUGCAGCUUCUACUCUGAUCCACGAGACCAGCCUGACAGUUCGGAUCCACACCACAGACUCAACAUGGACAUGAAGAACAGGAUCAGUCUAGAGUUGCGGAACCGGAACCCAGCUAAGGUGGCAGAGUUGGUGCUGGACAACUGUUGCUCAGUGAACGGUGAGGUGGACGGUCUGACCGAUGACUUCUCUGAUUUGGAGUACCUCAGUAUGGCCAACGCCGGUCUGACCUCGAUUGUUAAACUGCCAUCACUGCCCAAACUGUGGAAGAUGAACCUGAGCCACAACAAACUGUGUGGUUCUUUGGAGGCUUUGUCGGAGAAAUGUCCGAAUUUGAUCUACCUCAACCUGAGUGGGAAUAAGAUCAAAGAGCUGCGCACAGUGGAGCCGCUGCAAAACCUGAAGAGCCUGCAGAGCCUGGACCUGUUUAACUGUGAGGUCACUGCACUGGAGGACUACAGGGACGCCGUGUUCCAGCUGCUGCCGCAGAUUACCUACCUGGACGGCUUCGACCAGGAUGACAACGAGGCGCCUGACUCCGAAGCAGAUGAUGAAGAUGAGGAUGGCGAGGACAGGGCGGGCCCAACUCUGAAGUACAAGGACGAGGAUGAUGAAGAGGAGGAUGAGGAGGUGGGGCUGACCUUUCAGGUCAAACCGGCCGAUCAGGAUGACGAAGAGGAGGAGGAGGAAGACUCUGCAGAGGAGGAUGAAGAUGAGCAAACCACCGUUCAGGGACAGAAAAGGAAGAGAGACUUGGAAGAUGAAGAUAGCGAUGAAGAUGAUUAGUCUCACUGGUGAUGUCAUCCUGUUUCUGUCAGGCUGAGACAACCUCUGACCUUCAGCAGCAGCAGUGUGACCCAGACGUCAGGAUGGAUUCAGUUUGUACACAAUAGAAUAUUUCUGUUUGUGUUUUUAAUCAUUUGUUUCCCGUCAAACCUCCGUCACGAUGAUCCUCAAACCCGGACCGCAGACCCGAACCUUCAUGCUUUUGCAUUUCUUUAGUGGUGACUUCGUAUGGCAGCUGCAGUUCAAAAUUUAGGCUGUCGGUGGUGCUGCAGGGCAAAAGGUCCUGGAACUGGUCAAGAAGAAGAAAAGCUGAGCAGGUCAGGGUGAAGUUUCUGCUAGCUUUACAUGUUUUAUAUCUCAAUUUCUCCAAAGGUAGAAAAGAUAGCACACCCCUCAACCACUGCAGAAAAGACGGGGCUGAAUUUGAUUUCCAAUUAAAAAGUAUAAAUCUGCGUAUGAGUAGAGAGGUGAAUGCCAAGGCAUUUGCUUGAAGAUAAGAAGCUUUGUGGCUUGGAGGUGGUAUGCCAAAGAUGGCUGUAUGAUAGUCAGGUGUUAUAUUCUGGCCACAGAUUUGAGAUAAUACAUCAAAUAUCUGUCUCCAGUAGUCGCUGAGGGAGGCACAUGACCAGAACAUGUGUCCUGUUGUAGCGGGUACAUAACUGCAUCUUGGACAACCAGGAUCUGUCGUGGGGAAGAGUUUGGACAAUUUAUCCCUUGAAUUGUGCAGGUGAUGGAGUACUUUAAAUUGAAUUAAUCCAUGGCGUAUACACAAUGAUGAGGUAUGAAUAAGUUGCAAACUGUGUUGCCACGUAUCUUCCGAGAGCUCAUCUCCCAAAUCUUUUCCCCAUGCCAUUUUAAAUGGUGUACUUCAGUUGUGUGGUAACAGCGGUGUACAUGUUGGUAAAGGGUUGGAUAACAUUUCCAUAUGAACCCAGUCUGGACCCUGCUUAUUCUCAUAUGUGUAAAUCCAAUUAAUUAAUUUUAUUAUGUUAAGCAGCCCAAUAAUACCAAAGAAAAUUGGGUAAUCGCAGCCCACCCGCAUCUUUAGGAACCUCCAGGUGUAACCUUUUCAUCCUAGGGUUAGAAUUGUUCCAUAUAAAUAAAGAGAUUAAUCCAUCUAGCUGUUUAAAUGUUUUCAUUGGAAUAAAUAUGGAGAUCACAUAAAGAAAUCUAGGUAGUACUGUCAUUUUGACUAUAUUAAUAGGACCUGCCAACAAAAGUGGUAUAGUGGGCCAUUUCCCAAAAUCUUGUUUUGUUUGCUCCAAUAAUGUAUUAAAGUUGUGCUUCUCUAAGUUCUCUAUCUUACGAGUAACUUUAAUUCCUAGAUAUGCAAAUAUGUUGCAUUCUGUUUUGAAAGGACAUUCAAAAUAUUCCCCAUCUGCAUGGCCAGUUGGGAAAAGCAGACUCUUUGAGUAGUUCGAUUUGUAGCCUGAGAGGUGUCUGAAAUUUUCUAGCAUCAACAAUAGCUUUGGAAUCAAUACUGUUGGAUAAAUACAGCAGCAAGUCAUCUGCGUAUAACGCCACUUUAUGGACUUUACCACCACGGAAGAUACCAGUGAUGCCCUCUUCUGCUCUAAGGGCUAUAGCAAGGGGUUCACUCGCCAGAUCGAACAGAUAUGGGGAGAGACCGCAACCCUGCCUGCAGGACCUGUAAAGGUGGAAAUGGUCAGAAAUAUUGUUAUUGGUCUGUACAGCCGCAGUGGGUUCAUCAUAUAUUAUUUUAAUCCAUGUUAAAAAUGAUGGUCCAAAGCCAAUUUUUUCUAAAACAGCAAACAGGUACUGCCAUUCAACACUCUCAAAUGCUUUUUCUGCAUCCAGGGAGACCACCACCUCUGUGGUCUCCCUGAUACAAGAUAUUUAGUAAUCUACGCAUAUUAUAAAAUUGUCUACCUGGGAUGAAACCUGUUUGAUCCGGAUCAGUGACUGUUGCAAUUACACCAUACUAUACCUUUUUGGAAUCGUUAUGAUCAGACAAAUAAUGUGGUAUAGUUUUCAACAUGAUUGGAGCAUUUUUAAAUUUUGACCCCUGUUUACUUCUUUGUUGACCCCUGUAGCUCAUUAGAGGUCAGCUCCAGGAUGGCUCCAUAUCUGGAAAAUAACCAUUAGUUAAUUUAGAAUAUGUGUGCCAAAUUCCAUGCUUUUAUCAGAAAAUGAACAAUUGUUUUGCUAUGCUGACCCACUAUCUUCAGGUUCCUGCACGUCAAGUUAUUGUAACGGCGCCCUCUGCAGUCUACUUGUGCUAAAGCUGCAAAGAUCUCUGAAUUUGUCAAGAAGAUCCCCCCCUGCAGGAAUAUAACGUGUCUACCACCCUUAAAAA